AUGCUCACCUACCUCUCCAUCACCUCCGUCCUUGAUUCAGCGGCAUACGCUCUGACCGUCAAAAUGCUUCGCCGAAAGCCAACUGCUAUUGCAGUCACAUCCGAGGAUCUUGCUGCAUUUGAGGAAGCACGACUUCGCAAAUUGUCCGAGGAAAACAAGCACCCGGAGCAGCACGCCAAGGGAUCCUCCAAUGCGAAUUUCGACCCAAGCGAUGAGUUGAAGCCACUUCCAGGUGACAAGGCCAGGAUCGUGCGGUCACGCGAAGAAAGAAUCGGCAUUGGACGACGUGGUUGA